CUUUGGCGACUCCAAUGGUUCUCGAUGGUACAAUUACUCCUAUUCGUAUUUUACUUUUCCACUCACAGGAACUAUCAAGUCGCACUAAUGGAUCUUGGAUAUGUGCCACAUUCGGUCCACUCAAAUUCUCGGCUAGUACAUCUGCCGUUAUGGAGGGCGUAGAGCUUUGUGUAACCGGUCCUGGAUGGAUUUACGUGCUUGUCGAUGAUGUUCCAGGUAAGGGUCUAAAGACCAUGGUGGGCGAUGACAAAGGUCCGGACAUCGACAAAGAAGCGCUGGAACAUGUCCUAAAACACACGGAGACCGUUUAAGCACAAUGGAGUGUCCUUCCUUUCCCCUUGUUUUCAUUCGCAUUCUAGUCUUCGUUACAGUUGGGCCUUUUACGAUACUAUUUCGCAUUGCUAUACCCUAACGUUACCUUUUACCAGUACAGUAUACCCUCCAAUCUAACUACUCAUGUGUACUUAGUUUUCUAGUCGACUGAGAACCAAUCAAAAAUGGUG